AUGUCGUGGACUCCGUUCGGUAUCGACAGGUGUGGGCCGGAACUCUGGAGACAAGGUGCUGAUCAAUUGGUUGGAUGGCCCUCAGAAUCCACACGAGAUAUUGCCCAACAUUCGCUCUUCCCAAUAUAUGAGGAACAGGACGGUUCAACCAUCAAUGAUUCAAUGUUCAACUAUUCCCUCCAGUCUACCUCAGUACCGCCCCUAUUUGAUUAUACACAGGCCCCAGUGGCCUUUCAGACCACCGGUACGGGGCCAUCAAGCGAGAUGGCUAAUGUCAUGUUGACUGGGUGCUAUCAAUACGAUGGCAGACCCAUACAAAACGCCGACCAACGUCCGAUAUUGGACCAAUCCCUAAUGCAUACCAAUGUCGAUCAGAGCGGUUGUAUGUAUCAAAUGCCGAUGCCGGAAGUCCACAAUAUAUCUCCCAAGAGACCCAAUGCUCAGUAUUGUCUUCUUACUUUGUCAUCCUCCUCAGCUUCGCUGACUAUUUCAUAG